ACCUGCCAGUGUUCUAUCAUCAGUUGUCCUUGUGUGUCUGUAUCUGUAGAUGUUAGUAUAACUCCUGUAUGAGUCUCCUGGUGCUGUUGCUAGUUGUGGAGGCGGUUUUCUGGUGCGUACACUUGCUGCAGUCCCUGUCGUGCGGUGAGGUGUCAGUAUGAUACGUGUGGAUACUCCGGAUGACUGGGGGAAGCCCAUGAGCACCCUUGAGAGUGAUAAGAAGAAAGGUUACAUCUUGUCCAGCGCUGACGACCCCAUCAUGUCCACCAUAUCCAAGAGAAAACGGCGAGCAGAGGAGUCGCUAGAUUCCGUCUACUACGACAAACAGCCACUGGCCCACUACACCCCAGCACCCUUUUCAGAGGAACUGCCUCCCUGUCUGGAGCCUUGGAGGAGAGUCACUCGGGAGGAGGCACUCUCAGGCAGAGUGACGAGACCCAUCAGGGUGUAUGCAGAUGGCAUCUAUGACCUGUUCCACGCCGGCCAUGCGCGGGCCCUCAUGCAGGCCAAGAACCUGUUCCCUAACACUUACCUGAUCGUGGGAGUGUGCAGUGAUAACCUAACCCACAGCAUGAAGGGCUACACGGUUCUGUCAGAGACGGAGAGAUACGAGGCGCUGCGCCACUGUCGCUACAUCGACGAGAUUGUCCGAGACGCGCCCUGGACAUGCACAUCCGAGUUUCUGGACGAACACAGAGUUGAUUUUGUUGCCCAUGACGACAUCCCCUAUGGCGCGGCGGGAACAGACGACGUGUACAAGGACAUCAAGGCCAAGGGCAUGUUCAUGGCCACCCAGCGGACAGAGGGCAUCUCCACGUCCGACAUCAUCACGCGGAUAGUUCGCGAUUACGACACCUACGUCCGGAGAAACCUGGCAAGGGGCUACUCUGCUAAGGACCUCAACGUGUCCUACAUUAAUGAGAAGAAGUUUGCUAUCCAGAACCGAGUGGACAGAGUGAAGGACAAGAUGAAGAGGGUGGAGUCUAAGACGAAGCAGGUUGUGCGGAACAUUGAGGGGAAGAGCCACGAGCUCAUCCAGAAAUGGGAGGAGAAGUCUCGCGAAUUUAUUGGCAACUUCCUGGAGUUCUUCGGUGCUGACGGAACAUGGAACACGUUCUGGAGGGACGGCACGUCUAUAAUCCGGCAGGCGCUGUCCCCGCCGGCCAGCCCCAGCAGGUCCCCCCCAGACUCCCCGUCCUCGUCACGCAGCACGGAGGGCUUCGACGGGCUGGAGGGGGCGGAGGGCGGAGACCCGGGCGCGGGGGGCAGCGGGAUAGAGUUCAGCGAUUCUGACUCCGAGGAGGACUGAGCUGUAACAAUUACAAUUAACUAUCCUGGUGUCUGUUCUAGGCUAACUUCUAGCCCUGGUUCAAUUGCUUAUCUUCUCAGAAUAGUCUGGACCCAAACACACACAAGCUUAAGGAAUCAUGACCUGGUAUCUACCCUAGUGUAGUUCUGGUUGGAUCUUCUGAUAAUUUCUUCUAAAAAUAGUCUGGACCCUGACACACACAAAGAAUCAUAGCCUGGUAUCUAUGGGGACUGAGCCAUAACAGUUACCUAACCUGAUGUCUGUUCUAGCUCUGGUUCAAUCUCUAACCUUCUCACAAUAGUCUGGACCCAAAAACACAAGAAAUCAUAGCCUGGUAUCCAUCUUAGUCUAGUCUUGGUUUAAUCUUUCCUAUCUUUAGAACAGUUGGAUCGAGUUCAGUGAUUCUGACUCUGACGAGGAUUGAGCUAAUUAACCUGAUCAUGUCUGUUCUACAUGUAGCUCUGGUUCGAUCCCUAACCUUCUCACAAUAGUCUGGACCCAAGCACACACACAGAAUCAUAGUCUAGCUCCAGUACAGUUCAAUCUUCCAAUCUUCAGAACAGCGAUUUUGAUUCUGACUGAGAAGGAUUGAUCCAUAACAAUUACCUGGUAUCUGUUCUAGUCCUGGUUCAAUCGCUACUCUCUGGACACAAAAACACACAUCAGUAAUGGACCUAUACCAUUAUUACGUCACAGUUUGUUUACCGCAAUGAAUGCCGGUCAAUCAAUGUUUAUA